AUGAUUACCUUCCGCCGUUCUAUCGCAGCGACUCUCCUCCUCCUCGCCAGCUUCUACUUCCUCCUCUCCUCCCGCUCCCACUCCUGCUUCCGUCUUUGCCACCCACAACCACUUCCCAUUCGUAAAGCUGCACAGAAGUCCGUUGCUGCGUCCUCCGAGUCGCCGCCCUCUACCCACAACGAAUCGCUCCCUCCCACAUCCGCACCAGCCUCGCUGUCCCCCGAGGAUCUUGCCCGCAAGCCCCUCCGCGAACGCCUCCGCUACCAAUUCCCCUAUGACGUCCACGCCAAAUUCCCCGCGUACAUCUGGCAGACCUGGAAAUACACCCCCGCCUCCGGUAAGUUCGGCGACAAGUUCCGCCCCAUGGAGGCCAGCUGGACGGAGCUGCACCCGUCCUUCGUCCACGAGGUCAUCACCGACGACGACGCCGACCCCCUGCUGAGAUACCUCUACGCCCCCUUCCCUGAAAUCCUCGACGCCUACCGCUCCCUCCCCUUACCCGUCCUCAGGGCUGACUUCUUCCGCUACCUCAUCCUCCUCGCCCGUGGCGGCAUCUACACCGACAUCGACACCUACGCCCUGAAGCCUACCAUCGAGUGGCUCCCCCCCCACGUCGACCGCUCCGCCAUCGGCCUGAUCGUGGGCAUCGAGGCCGACGCCCACGACCGCGAGGACUGGUACCUGUGGUACUCGCGUCAGCUGCAGUUCUGCCAGUGGACCAUCCAGGCCAAGCGGGGUCACCCGGUACUACGCGACAUCGUCGCCACCAUCACUGAGGACACCCUACGCAUGAAGCGCGCCGGCAUCCUGCGUCCGGGCAUCAUGGACAAGUCCAUCGUCGAGUUCACCGGCCCCGCCGUCUGGACCGACUGCGUCUUCCGCUAUCUCAACGACCCCGAGUACUUCGAGGCCGCACGCCCGCCACACGGCAGGAACCUGACCGCCAAGGACUUUGCCGGCAUCACCGUGCAGCGCAAGGUGGGCGACGUCGUCGUCCUGCCCAUCACGAGCUUCAGCCCCGGCGUCGGCCAGAUGGGCGCCCAGGAUGCCGGCGAUCCGAUGGCCUUUGUCUUGCAUCAAUUUGAAGGUGGGUUGUAA